AUGAAGUAUCCUUUAUGUGAUUCAUCAUCUUCGUUAAUUUGCACGCGCGAUCGAGUUGCGGCUGUAGGGGAGUAUUCUUCUCUGUUGGCCGCUGGUCUGGCAGAGUCAGUGGGGUUAACACAAGUGCAGCGUUCUGCUAAAGCUCUUGCCGUGCUAUUGUCAGAGUACCGGAGCAUAACGCGUGUAUGGUACUGGCUUGUUGUUGUUUCAGAUCUCUCACCUGCUGGUUUGCGUCAAUUAAUGUACAGCUCGCCUAAUUUUUCUGUUUUUGCUGCAAGUAUUUCAAGUACAGUGGCUAUGGCAUUGUUUUUGUUAAGUGAAGAGGUGGCUCUUUUGUCAAAUGUGGGUGUUUUACAAAAGAGUUUGCGCCCAUAUGUUUCUCGAUUGGUACCUGUUUUUCUUUUCUACUAUAAUCUUCUGAAGAUGAUGGUAAGCGCUGCGUUGCUUUGUACUGCACGUCGUAUAUCUUUUGAGGCCACGGACACACAAAGUGUAUUACGUCGGCGUCGUUACAAGGAGAUGUUUAUUAGAUUCUUGGAGGCUUUGUUAUGUACACUUUAUGCGAUGUUGCUAUUGCCUACAGAUGCACCUCGCCUCAAACAGGCGAUUCAUGAAGGACGCUGGAUCGACCGUUUGUACGUUGUGUUGGUCUCUCUUUGUCCUCAGGGAAUACGUGUUAGUUCUACAACGCAGGGAAUCUUGGGACUAGUUUCAACCAUUCCCAUGUUCUGUGUAUCGUAA